AUCAUUUAGAACAUUUGAUUUGUUGACCAUAAAUCAAUUGCGUCUCAAAUGAAUGAAAUAAAAGGUAUCGCGGGCCACUAAAGCCGAUGAGUGAAAACAUAAUUGACGCAUCUAUAACGGAAUGUCCUGUCACCAAGUGCCUAAACUUUGCAAACCCUAUCAGAGAUGCGUUCAGCAUGAUAAUGGAGAAUAUGAAUGUAUAUGUAACCCAGGAUACCAUGGAGGAAACUGCAUGUUCAGUGUUUGUGAUGGGCAUCCAUGUAAAAACUGGGGAACAUGUUUUGCGGGAAGAGAUGGGAGACCAGAAUGCAGCUGUGCCCUGGGAUAUACAGGAAGCAACUGUGAAAUCAUUGAAGGAAGUGUCCCCUCUUCAAGCAUUGGCCCAAGUGGACCUCCUACAUCUGGCAAUGCAAUCCUAACUGUGACAGUGAUAUGUGUGCUAGCAAUUGCAUUUGGCAUCAUCAUUGGCUGUGUUAACAUAGUAAACAGAUACAUAAGAAAGGCCUCAUCACCUAGGGCUAGCGUGACUGUUGGAGAUGAUACACAUCGUCACACAUAUGCAAGUGACUGUCACCAAUAUCAAGAACCAGUAAAUGCCCAUACUGAUAAUACUAUACUUCAUUCAUUUAGGGACCUUGAAUAUACAGAACCUUCAAUAAAUAGGGUAAUACAUCUGGGAUACAAUACACCUCCUUCAUUUAGAAACAUGGGACAUAUCAGGCCUUCUUCACAUUGCACAAGAUACGUGGGACGAUUAAUAAGAGAGUUUCUGACAAGUAGGACAUAUUGGAAUAACUCUAACACAAACAACAAUCAAGGCCUUCACUCUAGGCCUCAAUGGACAACAACACUUAUUUUACCCCCACCUUAUUCACCCGUUGAUACCAAUGAGCAUCAUGAGCUCACUGAGA